AUGCAGAGAAUUGACUAUAACUGGGCAAGAAUAAAAGCAGACAGGCAAAGAAAAGAAAAUUGCCUUGGACCGGAGAUUACCAACACAUGCUAUAAAUGUAGAAAAUACCAUCUUGGGUUGUGCUAUGACACCAUGAAGACCUGCACCCUAAAGGACCAACAAUCCUGUGCUGUUGAGAACCUUUACUUCCUUACAAGAAAAGGGCGGAGUAUGUACUAUUAUUCUAAACUGUCAUGUAUUACCAACUGCGAGGACAUCAACUUCCUGAGUUUUGAAAAAAGGACAGAGCUCAUCUGUUGCAAACAUAGUAACUAUUGCAACCUCCCUGAGGGGGUCUAG